AGAACUAUAUACACAUUUCAUGUUUCAUGACAUGCAACUUGUGUUCGUUUGUGUUCUGCAUUCGUACUUUCGUGGUAAAUUUGAUCACUCAUAAAUUUCAAUUUAAAAAAUGGGUAUCCUAGAUUACAAUGGAGGAGCUAUCAUAGCAAUGAGAGGGAAAAAUUGUGUGGCAAUAGCUGCUGACCGUAGAUUUGGAAUACAAGCACAGACUAUAACAUGCGAUUUUCAAAAAAUCUUUGAAAUGGGUCCACACUUGUAUAUGAGUUUACCUGGUCUUGCAACUGAUACUCAAACAGUAAUGGAAAGAUUAAGAUUUCGACUAAAUCUGUAUGAACUAAAAGAAAAUAGAAAGAUCCAUCCUAAAACAUUUGCAUCCAUGGUAUCAAACUUAUUAUAUGAGAGGAGAUUUGGACCAUAUUUUGUACAACCUAUUAUUGCUGGUUUAAGUCCUGUGACUUUUGAACCAUAUAUUUGUAACAUGGAUGUGAUAGGUUGCAUAAAUCCAUCCGAUGAUUUUGUAGUUGGUGGAACUUGCAGUGAGCAACUUUAUGGAAUGUGUGAAUCUGUUUUUGAACCAGAUUUGGAAGCAGAUGAUCUCUUUGAGACUAUUAGUCAAGCUUUAGUAAAUGCAUGCGAUAGAGAUGCAAUGUCUGGUUGGGGUGCUGUUGUAUACAUAAUAGAAAAAGACAAAGUUACAACAAGGAGUAUCAAAACACGAAUGGAUUAAAAUAUCUCUAAAACUUACAUUAAUAUUAUGCAUACAUUUAUAAUGUGUAAUCUCUUAUUGAGAUGUCCAUUUUGUUUAAAUAAAUCAAUAAACGAGA